CACCCCACUGCCUGCUUCGAGGAUCUCCCUCGGCCUAAGCCACCGGUUCCCGCUUUCAUGGGAAUGGCCGCAGCUCGUCGGCAGAGCAUGUGGUUUCCGCGUAGGAGGUCCCAGAUUCAGGCUGCAGCAACCCCCCUCCCCCCAGGUAUAAACCUCCUGCCUCAAACUCCAGAGCCCCUGGUGGUGCAUCAGCCUGGAAUAUAAAAGAGAAUUCUGAAUUGGCCAAAGCCUCAUCGCAGGACCACCUGGAAGUGCCCUCGAGCACCAGUAGUGAUCUGGCGAGUGCUUACUAAUAGAGUAUCUGCUUUGGAUGGCGAAGGGCACAGGUUCAGUCUCCCGGAAACUCUAGGUAGGACUGGGAGAGAUUCCCACAUCCCCUGGCUGAAAACUUGGAGAUCUGUUGCCAGCUUUGUGGUGCAUCAGCCUGGAAUAUGAUAGAGGGUAGGACUCUGAAUUUACGCACGUUUCAUUGCAUGGUUGCCUGGAAGUUCUCACCACCUCACCACAGGUGAUCCGAUGAGCGGAUUACCCAGUGGUUAGAGUAUCUGCUUUGGAUGUGGAAGGGGACAAGUUCAGUCUCCUGGCAACUGCAGCUCCUCGCCAUGGGUAAUGUCCUGGCUGCCAGCUCCCCAGCGCCCCCUGCUGCCGUGCCAGGGCCGGGUUCUGGCCUCGUAUCGGUUCCACCGGGAUUCUCCAUGCCCCCUGUCAGCGGGCUGGUUCCCCCAGCAGCAGAUCGUGCCACAGAAGACAAGUGUGACCAGCUUCCCAACCCAGGCACCUUCGAGGAGUGUCACCGCAAAUGCAAAGAAUUAUUCCCCAUCCAGAUGGAGGGCGUGAAAUUGACAGUGAACAAAGGUCUCAGCAACCACUUCCAGGUCAAUCACACGGUGGCUCUCAGUACGGUUGGUGACUCCAAUUACCACUUUGGGGUGACCUACGUAGGGACAAAGCAGCUGAGCCCCACAGAGGCCUUCCCCGUUCUGGUGGGAGACAUGGACAACAGUGGCAGCCUCAAUGCACAGAUCAUUCACCAACUCACAAACAAAGUUCGCUCCAAGGUGGCCUUCCAGACGCAGCAAUCAAAAUUCGUGAACUGGCAGGUGGAUGGGGAAUUCCGGGGCGCAGACUUCACUGCAGCCGUCACGCUAGGGAACCCCGAUAUCUUAGUGGGUUCAGGGAUCCUGGUGGCGCAUUACCUACAGAGCAUCACACCGUGCCUGGCGCUGGGUGGGGAGCUGGUAUACCAUCGCCGCCCGGGAGAGGAGGGAACCGUCAUGUCACUUGCUGGGAAGUAUACAGCACCUAACUGGAUUGGGACUCUGACGGUAGGGCAGGCCGGAGCACACGCCACGUAUUACCACAAAGCCAGUGAUCAGCUGCAAGUGGGGGUGGAGUUUGAAGCCAGCACCCGCAUGCAGGACACGAGCGUGACAUUUGGCUACCAGCUGGACCUCCCCAAAGCCAACCUACUUUUCAGAGGCUCCGUCGACAGCAACUGGAUCGUAGGAGCAGCCCUGGAGAAGAAGCUCCUCCCUCUGCCCCUCACGCUGGCGAUGGGCGCCUUCCUCAACCACCGCAAGAACAAAUUCCAGUGCGGUUUUGGCCUGACCAUUGGCUAAGCCCGCCAGCCCUUCCUCCUCCUCCUCCUCUUCCUCCUCCAACCCCCACUGAUUCAGUGCAGCUCGCACCCCCUUUGCCCCGCCACCUGCAUCCUCCUUCGGCUAGCGGUCGCCUCCAUGGGGUGGGCGUGGG